AUGUCUCCCCAGCCGAUCACCGCGGACUUUUCUAAGUACACAAAAGACCAACUCACAGCCGUCUUCAACCCGCUCAUGCUAAGGCUGCGUACUUUGUUGAACAAAUACCAAUUCUGGCCGGAGGAUAAUGAGCACAAGGAGAGCAUACGCGAUGCGGUAACGCGAAUGGCGGUUAUUCUAAAUCGUGUGCCUCCCAACUGCAAGCAUAUCUUCGCUGGGAACGCUGUAUGCGCCCUCUUUCGAGCAUUGGCCAAGAAUCCGCAAUGGCUACAACCCGGCCACUACAUUGACACCUCAUGCUUACAAUCUAUCAAGUCCGACCCACCCCACACGCUUAUGCCCUUCGACGACGAUCAACCCAUGGUAUUUGUAGAAGCCUGUAUCCAAGAGUCAGCGGCCUGGAACCCAGCUCCCCCUUCAUUACCCGACGUAGCACCCACACCGACGGCCCCUCUCGAUAACGCCAUCCCCGCCGUAGAGAAAGGGAAGGGGAAGGAGGUAGAGAAAGACCUGGAGGAUAAGGGGGACGCCGCACAGGACGAGGACGUCGAGAUGGAUGACGAGGGAGAGGACGAGCACUCAGGCUCAGAGGAAAGACGGAACCGAAGCGACGCGCAUCUACGAAGGUCGCCGAGAAAGAAAGCUUCGGCGACGACGGCGGCCGCUGCUCCUUCCUCUUCCUCGCCCAGACCAGCCUGUGACCUCUGCCUCCGGCUUCGACUGACGGCUGAAAUUGACCGCGACAAUAAGCGGACGUAUGCCAAAGACCACAUCGGCCUAGUCUGCGUUCCCCACAGCAACCCCAAGAAGCCUUGUCUGCGCUGCGGACAGAAGAAGAAAGGCUGCAGUUCUAAUUUCAAUGGAGACUCCGCCGCUCUCCUCGCCUCGCUGCGUCAACAGAAACAGAAGAAGGAGGAGCAACGAUUGACUAAGAAGGAGGGUGGGACGUCGAAGAAACGUAAGAGUGCAGCCUUGGUCCACUCGAGCGAUGACGAGGACGAUACGGGCGCCGUGAAAAAGACGAGGACAUCCCCUUUCACCGCACCCCAGGGAACGAGCGCCGCCAUUCGCCCGAGGAAAGCAGCCGCAGUCGCCCAACCCGCCGCCUCCUCAGCUGCAACCGUUGAAGUCAUCGCCAUGUCAGGCGGCGCGAACGCUCAUUCUGGGUCGCCGACGUCGGUCCCACGCGUUGUGGCGGGCACGAAGGAAUUCGGGCUUAUGUUUCACCCAAAAAGCGGCCAGGCCAUUCCUCUGCAACCAGCCUAUCCCACCGCCUCUUCCACCAGUGACAGAGUCCUCGUCGCCUACCCCACAGAACUCCCCACGGGCGACCUCGUCAAGGACGUCGUUGCUUCCAUCGACAAGCAAGAUGGGAUCGAAGAACGUCUCACGCAAGUGGAAGCCGCCGUCCGCAGCCUCUCAGCUCAAACUCAAACGGUACCACAAAUCGCACAGCAAGGCAUGGUCCCAAUGUCGGAAUAUCAAGACUUACGGCGCAAGGUCUUCACACUCCAAAAAAUCGUCGAUGAAAAAGACAGCCAGCUGACAAGGAUGGUCGACAACGCCGUAAAGCUCGUCUCCACCGUCGAGGAUAGGAUGAAGGUGUACGACCAGCGGCUUGCUCUGAUCGAGGGACAGGAAGGUAGAGACCAGAAGUCGGUGCUGGUUCACGACGACCCGGUGGAGGAUGCGGGGUUAUUGAAGGAUUUGGAGAGGAAGGUGAAUUCUAUUGACAGGGAUGUCGACAAAUCUUUCCGAUCAAUGAAGGAGGUCAAGAAUUCCAUUCGCCGCAUCGACAAGGACAUCGACAAGAUCUGGCAGAGGGCAAUGGGUUCCGUGAACGAGGCGACGCUGAACGAGCUGCUGGGCAGGAUGAGCGCCCUCCACCAUCAGUGUCACUCCACCGCCGCCCAUUACUUUCAGAACCAGUAUUUCGACGGGUACCAAUACCGCGACCAGGGGCAUCAGUACGGCGACCAACAGGAUCACGAUGGGUACGACUACGGCAAUGAACAGGAUUUCGAAGUCCAACCAACGAUCACCCCCCCGCCCGUCAACCAUAUUGGAAUCCAAACCGAGCCGUCCGACUCCGCCAGGUAUCUCGCGCCUUCUUCAAGUAACGAAGACCCCCCCGCAGCGGCGACAGUUGCAAGAUCGGCGCCCCUUCCCCCAACCGACUCGGUCGGCGACGCGCCGCAAUUAAGCGCAUCGCCGCUCGCUCCGCCCGUGACGUCUGCCGGCGGCAGGCCCGACGAUCCAACGCGAGGGAGGGACGAUGUCGUCGCCGCUCAUCCGUCAAACUCAGCGGCGCCCGCUCCCUUCCCAAACUCUGCGCCGGGUAUUCAAGGGCCGAUCUCGAUUUCAACAUUUCUGCCUGCGGCACCCUUCACCUCGGAGGAUGGCCUCGCCGUUCCCGACUCGCCGCUAUCUUCUAUCUCAAACGGCGAAGGCCCGCCUCCCAAACCUUCCCCAAAACGUCGUAAAGGUCGCGUCGGUCUCCCAGAUGCUGUUGCUAAUCCUCCCCAACCUCGCCGUUCAAAUCGCGUAAAUAAAUCGUAG